CGUAUUUACCGUCUGCGGUCGGUACGCGGCAAACUAGUCCAGAAUAUCGGAUCGCUGGCAAGACGCAGAGAGAAAGAGAGAGAGAGAGAGAGAGUGAGUGAGAGAGAGAGUCAGGAGCAGAUCCCAACCAUCCUCACUCGGUCACAGGAGCCACAGGUAGAAGCGGCCACAGCAACAGGUCUAUUCACUGAAGCUGGUCAGACUCGAAGGACAGGAGAAGCCUAGCUCAUUGGAGAGAGAGCAGGAGAGAGGGAGGGAGAAAGGGAGAGAUCUUUCUCUAUGUUAUGAAUUAUUGCAUUGUCCGGUUGCAACUGAGGAUCUAUCAGUGUUCCACCUCCCUUGCACUCUCCGGGGCUCGGGGCUUUGAGAAGUGGCCUGCGGUGUGAGCCAAGUAUGCCGAAAACGUCCGUGGAGCGAAGUUCCAAGCGGCAGGUUGAAGGAGCCGGGGCGGCUCGGAGCCCGGCGCUGGGAGUCAGGGGCUGUUGGACCCUCUCCAGCGCCGUGUGGUCCGUGCUGUCGCUGGGCUCGGUGGCUUUCUGCAUCUGCCUCAGCGUCAAAACUUCGCAGCUGGAAGAGCGGAUCCUCGACUUGGAGAACGUGAAGGGGGCUGCCUUGCUGCCUCCCCUCGGCCCCGGUUCGGCGGCGGAUCGGAUGCGAGUGCUCGUCCAGGAGAGGGUGGAUCACCUCCUGAGCCAGAGGUUCCAUGAAGAAUCAGCGAGACGCAGGACUGCGAGAGAGGCAUCAACUGACUGCAGCUGCCCUGCAGGUCCUCCGGGAAAGCGAGGUAGAAGGGGCAGAAAUGGGGAACCUGGUAAGUACCAUAUUGACAUCAAAAUCUUACUUCCACAUCAGUAUUUUGUCAUUUAA